AUGGCAUACCAGUUUCCAAGACGCUUGCUUGCAGAAGGAGCUGAGCCCCAGAUUGAUAAGAUCAACAACACGUGUAGACGUGGAAUGCUGGACGAUGUGAAGGUUAUUUUGAAGGAUGAGUAUGACGAGGUUUUGAAAGAUCCUGUCUUCAGUCCGAUUCUGGCAAUCAUAGAGAACAAGCUCAUUUACUCAGGGAGGAUCAUUCACAGCUUCUUAUGCAAGCAGCUCAAGGUUUCGAAGCUUCACGAGUUGUGGUUUCUAUUUGCGAGGAGGCCUCUUAGGUUUUCUGCGCAAGAGUUUCAUGCUGUGACAGGAUUGAAGUUCAAAGAGGAACCCGACAUAGACUUCAGUGACUGGAAGGAUGAUAAGGGGUUUUGGAGCAAUGUGCUGAAGAAAAAUCGGAAGGUGAACUUAGCUAGUUUGAAGACGCAGCUCCUUAAAGAGUGUAACCAGUGGAGUUAUGUGGACAGGCUUAGGCUAGUGUAUCUGUGUAUUAUACAUGGAUUCCUCCUAGCGAAGGAUUCAAGAGUGUCUAUCCCUCAUGAAUACAUCCGUUUGGUGAUGGAUUUUGAGAAGAUGAGAAUGUAUCCUUGGGGUCUGGUCGCGUAUGAUGAGCUGAUUGCAUCAAUGAUGAAAGCAAGGACAGAUAUACAUCUCAAGAAGAGUUACGUGCUGGGUGGAUUCUCCUAUGCGUUUCAGAUAUGGGUCAUGGAGGCAAUCCCAGACAUUGGCAGUAUGGUGGGUAAGAAGAUCAAGAAAAACAUGACCAAAGUGAGAUGCAGGAAUUGGAAAGGAAGUGGGAAAGUUUCCUAUGCAGACAUCAUCAGCCUAGAGUCCCACUUUAAUAAGGGGAAGCUGUUCCCAUUUAUCUCUGCUACUGGGAACGAUGAUGUGUUUGAAAUGGACGAGUUCUUUAGGGAAGAUGAGAAGAAAGAUGAAAGAAUCGAUCGUAUUGUUGCUCUGAUCAAUGCCAAACAAGAUUGGACAGAAUUUGUUUGGGAAGUUGAGCCUCUGCCUCCAAAUGGGGAUCUUUCUGAUUCAGAAGAAGAUGCAGCGAAUGUAGAGGUCGAAGAUGCGACAGAUACACAUGUAGCCGAACCGGGUGUUGUUGCAAAGAGGGGCAAGCGCUUGCUAAACGAUCCUGGUGUUGAGGCUCGAAAGAAGCAACUGCUUUGUGAACGGGCAGCUGAACAUAACAGUGGUAUCUCCAGUGAAGUGAAGAGUUUCAUUGAAGGUUUGUUCACCUCUAGUUUCAACUCUUUGAAGGAGGUGGUGCAGACGGAGAUCCACCAGCGUUUUGACAAAGUCGAGAAAGAGAUGGCUCAACUCAACCAAGUUGUGUCUCACCUUCGGGGUUCUUCAGAGACAGUUGGAAAAGAUAGAGCAUCUGAGAUUCCUUCUCCUUCAGCAACAAUGGGGAAAGACAAAGAAAAAUCACAAAGUCCAUGCCCUUCAAUAGCAAAUGAGAAAGGCAAAGGCAAGGUUGAUGACACUGCGGUUCGUCGUAGCCCUCGGCAAGUCAGAAAGGUAACCAGAAAAUGAAGCUUCUGUAUUAUGUCACUGUCUUUUGUUGUAAUAUUCUCGUCUCCUAGUUUGCUUUGUAAUAUCUCAGAAUGUCCUCUUUGUUUGCUUUUAAAAUCGGCUUGCUGAACUUAUGCCUCGAUGUGUAAUUGACUAUUUGUAAUGUAAUCAUCUUGUUUAAUUGACUCUUUUUCUAUUCUGUCAAUGAUGACAUUGUUUC